CAGUCGAGAGAAAACAGGCAGGCCGAUGUUCUGAGCGCACGGUGGCAGAGAGGUCAUACGGUCGGAAGGAAGUGUAGACUUGCUUACAACUCGAGCUUCGCUGGGACGGCACAGCAUUCCCCUGCACGAGCAAGAGCCUACGCAGGCCAAGAACGACCAGCUGGUAGUAGUCUCGAUAGAAGGGGGAAACGAGGUUGCAGGACGUCGAGUCGAUAGCUCUCCUCGCAAAAAUGACCGCUGCUCAAGUACAGUCUCCAGUAAUAGCCCAAGACUCGGUCGACAAGCCCGCCAGUAGCAGUUCACUGGCGCCAGUACACACGCAACAAGCACAACAGGCAACUCGACCGCAUCCUCGGUCGAGCGUGAAUAGUCACCAUCACCACCAUCAUCAGUACAGGAACGGUAAAUCCGGGAUCAACCAUCAGAACGCCAACGCCAACCUGAGGAAUCAUCAGGCUGGUCGGUAUCAUCAUCGAGACGACCCGAACCAUCGAGCCUCGUCCUUGUCUUCCACAUCUCUGCCCCUCGCCUCGGCCUCGGGAUCUUCUGCUCCAGCCCACCUCGCCGCAGCAGCAGCAUCGUCCUCGUCAUCGUCCUCGACGACCGCUUCCUCAUCUUCCCUCCUCAUGGACCCUUUCCAUACGUUCGACCGGCUCGACCUCCAAACCCCUCGCGCAUUCGUUGUCGUCGUUGGACUCGUCCUCCUCGGUCUAGCGGGAAUGAAGUCUUACCAACACGUCGCCAACCGGGUUCGACAGAGACGUCGACUGAUCGAGAGCGAAAAGGCGGCGGAAGAACUGUUGAGGCUCAACGUCAAGCACGGGGUCGUCGAUCUCGAUGGGCAGGUCAUCAAGCCCAGUCAGAACGGCCAGGUUGCUGGUACGGCAAGCGGGACAGGAAAAGAUGUGGCGGACGGCAAGAGACGGGCGAGAUCCGGAACGUUGGAGAAAGAAUCGAAGUCGCGGCCAUCGGAUAGCAACAACCCCCUCGUAUCGAAAUUGACAUCGGAGAAAUCUCAACUCAAACCCGUUCCCGAAGCUUCAACCGCUCCCCGAUCCGUCGAUGGGAACGAUCUCUCGCACGAAGACGAUCAGGACGAGCCCAACAAGGUCGCCAAGAGCGAGGCUAAAAAGGCCAAAAAGAAGAUCAAGCGGGCGGCCAGGCUGGAGCAGAGGAAGAAUUCGGGCGAUCUGGUGACGGUUGCAUCGAGGGAAGAGGGAGCAGACUUGGGAUCUGAUGAACAGCAGGACGCGAGGGUCGAUGACGAGGCCGAGGCCGAGGCCGAGGCGGUCGUUAAGGGCGAUGAUGUUGAUGAAGCAAAGCCAAGUGUCACGGGCCAGGUGAUAGAGGACGUUCUGAGUAAUGAGGCGGGUCCGGAAGACGAGGCCGGGAGCAUGCAAUUGGUCGAAGAAUCGGGCGAGCAGGACAAGGCUGAGAGCUUGCGAUCGGUCAAGGAGUCGGGUGAGCAGGACACAACGCCUACUCCGGUUGAACCGCUCGCUGCUGUCCGGGACCGAGAGGAGGACGACGUCGAGCCUAAAGAGGUUCCUGCAGAGGAUCAAGGCUCGCCGGUUCCAUUCAUCCACAACAUGCCCUCGAUCGAGAUCCAACACGUCGCCUUGCCAGACUCGCCUCCUCCGUCUCGACUGCGACGACGCGCCUCGGAAGUUAGCGACUCGGCAGCCAGUCUAUUGAGCGGUGCUUCGAGUGGCCUAUCGGGCAAUCCGAACCUGCAACGAAAUCUCGAACAAUACCACUUGAGCGGCGUCAGCACGCCGAGCGAUCAGCCCCAGCAGAAACGAAAGAAAAAGGCUAAACCCGCUGGCAAACCCCAACGAGCGAUCCCGGGAGCCGAGAAUUGGGUCAAGGAGAGCCAUGAAGAGAAGGAACGCGAGGUCAAGGAGCAACUCGAGAAGCAGGUCGAAGAAGCUCGUGCUGCCAGUAGCUCGGCUACGGCUCGGGCGAGCAAGGCCGAAAAGGAGAAUGAGAGCUUGACCACGAGAUUGCACAAGCUCGAAUCCAAGCUGUCCAAGGUGACCUCUUCGCAGCACGAUUUGCGGGAGAGGGAAAAGACGGCAUUGUGGGAAAAGGAAGAGGCGGUCAAGCGGGCCAACGAGGCGCAGACCGUGAUGCAAAAUUAUCGAAAAGUCGAGGCUGCGCUCAAGCACGACGUGCUCCAGGCAAGAAAGGAGAGGGACAAGUUGUGGCAGGAUUCGCAGCGAAAAGAGGCCGAUCUACGCUCACAGCUCCAGCAGAUGAAUGCUCAACUCGCUCAAGCGGUCCAUAGCGCCGCUUCCUUCGAAGCCGCCUUACGGUCCGGUGGGCGCAUGCCUGGUACCCCAGUCUUCGGCACUCCAGUACCCCUCAUGUCCACACCCGUUGGCCUACCUAAUCAUCACGGUCACAUGCUGCUCGGAAACCCUCUCCCGAAUCAAUCACGAAUGUCACUAUCGACGCCACCUUCACCUCAACCACUGAUGUCGGCCAAUGGGUUGCCCUGGAUCGACCGCAACAUGAUGUCCAGCCCGGGCGGCACCCCCUCGCGGAAAAGAUCGCCUUCAGAGGUCUUUGGCUUGCCAAUGGUACACCCACUCAGCGCUACGACCACCCCUGUGAGGGAAUCUUCACUUGCCUGGACAGUCUUGAAGAACAAGGGCGAGAAUGGCAGCAACGCGGCGGCGUCUAGCCCUGUCCCGAUCUCCAAUGAGCAGUCAAAUGGCCAGGCUUCUCCGGCGCCCCGCAGCAGAUCGGGUACUCUCGGCAUUGAUACGCUGUCCGAGCACAAGGACAAGGAGAACGAACCUCCGCUCGAGAACGGCGCAUCCAUAAUGUCCGAGUCCCGAUCGAUGCCUAGUAUCAUCAAGCCCAAAAAGGAGGCGGAUGUCAACGUCACAUCAGAGAAUGGAGACGACUCGGGACAGCCUGACAGCCCCGUCGCCGUUGACGGCAACGAGGAAGUACCGUUCUUCGUAUUUCCCUCUCUACACCACGAUCCGGAACACGUCAAGGCUGCCAUGGCCGUCGAGAGAGGCCGUAGAGCCUCUUUGCAACGGGCGACGUCUGGACUAUCGGCGCUCGCGUCCCCCUCGGCUAGUCCUGGCAAGUCGUUGAAACAGGUCGAUCUCGAUCACAUCGCUACAAGCGACUCUGCCGAACCUGCCAUCUACGAUCAAUCCAGUGCUACCAGCAUGACGGAUAGCCACGGGUCGACUGCCUUUUCGAGCGAUCAGAGCCAACCAGGCGAUGAACCGGACGGCCACGACACUUCAACUGUCAAACAGCCCGAUCUGGCCAGGGUUAACGAAUCGCCGGAGAGCCCGGUCCCCAUCCCCGUCCAGUAAUGCGUUCGUGGCCGACCUUCAGUCCGAGGU